AUGAAUGACGAAAAAGUUGUGAGUGUUAAAAUAAAUUAUCAAAAGUUCGAGGAUAGUACCUUGUAUCGAUUGAAGAAGAAGACUGUCUUACGUGUUGUACCUGGAGAAUCAUUGUUGGGAAAGCGAAUUGCCAUUCAGUCUAAUUAUCCAUCGGUUGAGAGUGAUGACUUUGUAAGGAAUAGAUUUGUGUGUCUCGAAUGGUUUUCUCGUUUUGGUGAGAAAUUGUCAGCUAAUGACAAUUAUGCAGAAGUUAAGGAUCUUGAGAUGUACUGUCAGGUACGAAUGCUACGUUCUGGAACAUUCAGGUUUUAUAUCCUAGAGGAAGAACGCCAAUCUCUUGGAGCAUGUGGAUCACUCUACGUUCAAGUGGAACCUGACAUUCGUGUUGGACGUGACAAGCAAAAUCUGAAACUCGAAUCGAUUCGCUGUCAAACAGUCUUAACUAAAUGUCUUGGACCACUUAAUAGCUGGGAAUCAAAAUUGAGAGUUGCAAAGGAAUCAGGAUACAACUUGAUUCAUUUCACUCCAAUUCAAGAACUUGCUGCGAGUCGUUCAGCUUACUCGUUGAAGGAUCAACUGAAAAUUGAUCCCAAUUAUGGAAAUGUUGGAUAUGAAGACGUCGGAAAGAUUGUUGCAAAAAUGCGUAAUGAAUGGGGAAUUGCCUCAAUUUGUGAUAUUGUAUUGAAUCAUACAGGAAAUGAAUCUCCGUGGUUGCAGGAACAUCCUGAAGCUACUUAUUCGUGCCAUACUUGUCCACAUUUAAGACCCGCAUUCCUUCUUGAUUUUAUGGUGACUAAAGUUGGAGAGGAAGUAAAGAAAGGAAGUUUUGAAUUGGUUGGAUGUCCUUCUGUCAUUGAGACUGAAGAUCAUCUUCAAGCACUUCGUCAUCAAAUUAUGACUACCUUUUUGCCAAAGAUUAAUAUUCACGAGUUCUAUCAGAUUGAUGUCGAGAAAUAUUUUGCUAUAUUUGUUGAUCAUAUGCGAACACGUGCACCUCCAACACCGCAAUCAGAGGUUCCGUCAACAGAAUUAAAGUUUGAAAAGCCGAUUGAUUAUCAGCGUAAAGGCGUUUACAUCAACAUUGAUGAAGCUUUGAGAAUCUACAAUGUUUUCAGACAAGAUUGUUUCGAUGAAGAUACGCGCAUUAGAAAAUGUGGAGAAGCUUUUAGAACAACUUUAGAAUGCUAUAAUAAAGGAAUUCGUGAGGAAGUAAAUAAUCAUAUGAAUUAUGCUGUAGAUAAUGCACUCGCUGGAGCUCGUUAUGAACGAGUCUCUAAUGAUGGUCCAAAAUAUAGAACGAUUGAUAUUGGACAUCCAGUAUUCACGCCAUACUUUACGCAUACAGGAGCAUAUCAUGUAACAUUAGAAGAAGCUGAACGAAUGAUGUAUGGAGAAGCUGGAAAGUACUUUAUGGCACACAAUGGAUGGGUUAUGGGACAUGAUCCAUUAAUGGACUUUGCUCGUCCACAACCUGGCAUUGGAAAUGUUUAUUUAAGACGUGAAGUAAUUGCAUGGGGAGAUUCCGUCAAAUUGAGAUUCGGUGAUAAGUUUGAGGACAGUCCAUAUUUGUGGGAUCGUAUGAAGCAAUACGUCAAUACAACUGCCAAAUAUUUCGAUGGUGUUCGUCUUGAUAAUUGUCACUCAACUCCAUUGCAUGUUGCUGAAUAUCUCAUUGAUAAUGCACGAAAGGUUAAUCCUGAAUUGUAUGUUGUUGCUGAACUCUUUACAAAUUCUGGCGAGGCUGAUAACAUUUUUGUCAAUCGUUUGGGAAUUACAUCAUUAAUUCGUGAGGCUUUAUCAGCAUGGGAUUCACAUGAACAAGGUCGAUUGGUUUAUUUAUAUGGAGGAGAACCAGUCGGAGCAUUCUUUAAUAAUCCUAAACGUCCAUUAGCACCAAAUAUUGCACACGCCAUUUUCCUUGAUCAAACUCACGAUAAUCCAUCGCCAGUUGAGAAGCGUUCAGUCUUUGAUUUACUUCCAUCGGCUGCUCUCGUUUGUAUGGCAUGUUGUGCUUGUGGUAGUAAUCGUGGAUAUGAUGAAUUGGUUCCACAUCACAUUCAUGUUGUAACAGAAGAAAGACAAUAUCAGGAAUGGGGAAGGAAUGUCUUUGAAAAUACUGGAAUAAUCGCUGCCAAACGUCUCCUUAAUGAUCUUCAUGGAAUUUUGGGCAAUCAAGGCUAUUCCGAAGUAUUUGUUGAUCAAAUGCAUAAAGAUAUUGUUGGAAUUACUCGUCAAAAUCCAGUAACUCAUGAAUCAUUCAUUCUUAUUGCUCAUACUGCUUUCGGAUAUCCCGAUCCAAAUGCUGGACCGACUUAUGUUCGUCCAUUAUCUUUUGAAGGCAAAUUUGUUGAAAUUUAUUUCGAAGCUGAAAUUCGUAGUCGUCGUGAACAGCCAUACGCAAGACCCAGUGAUUUCAGAAAGGAUGCAGCCUUUAUUAAUGGCUUGAAUGAGUAUGAAGUUACAACAAGGAAGAACAUUCAGCUGAGUGACUCUAAAAUAUUCAAGACAUCACCAACAAUUAAUGGAAAUUCAACUCAAUUGGACUUUGUCAAUUUAAGACCUGGAUCUGUUGUUGUUGUAAGAGUUACACCUCAUAAUGACGUCACAGUUCGUUUACGUCAACUGCAUGAAGUUGUUCAAGACUUCCAUUGUGAAAGUGGCACGAAGUACAAUGAAUUGAGAGAAAUCGUAUCCAAAUUGAAUUUAGUUGAUCUAAAUUUAGCACUUUUCUCGUGUGAUCAAGAGGAACGUGAUCGUGGCUUCGGAUUUGAAGCAUAUGAUAUUCCUGGAUGGAAACGUUUGCCUUAUGCUGGCUUACAAGGAUUCCUUUCUUAUUUGAGUGAAAUUUCGCCAACUCAUGAUUUGGGACAUCCAUUCUGUAAUAAUUUGAGACAAGGAAAUUGGAUGAUUGAUUUUAUAAGCAAUCGUUUAAGACAAUCAGAGAAUACGAAACAAUUAGCACAUUGGCUUGAAAGGAAUAUGGAACCGAUGAAAGGAAUUCCACGUUACUUAAUCCCAGCUUAUUUCGAUGCCAUUAUUACUGGAGCUUAUGAACUGCUUACUGCACAAGUUUUGAAGUUGAUGCCUAACUUUAUCAGCAAAGGAUCAAUCUUCCAGCAGCUUCUUGCCUUAAGUUCUCUUCAAUUUUUGGCACCUGUUAAAUCUGCUCGUUUGCCUGACUUGAGCCCAGCUGUUGAAUCCCCAAAACCACCUAGCUUAUGUACAACUCUUGCAGCUGGUUUGCCUCACUUUGCUACAGGUUAUAUGCGUUGUUGGGGACGUGACACAUUUAUAGCUUUACGUGGAUGCAUGAUCUUGACUGGACGAUAUGACGAAGCACGUUACAUCAUUCUCGGAUUUGCUGCAACUUUAAGACAUGGAUUGAUUCCAAAUCUUCUUGAUGGUGGCAAGAAUGCUCGUUUUAACUGUCGUGAUGCAGUUUGGUGGUGGUUGUACUGCAUUCAAGAAUACAUCACUGAGGUUCCAAACGGAAAAGCAAUUCUGCGCGAAAAAGUGUCUCGUCUAUUUCCAAAUGACGAUUCUGAGCCUCAAGAAGCAGGAAAAGUCGAUCAAUAUUUGCAAGAUGUUAUGCAAGAAGCAUUGAGAGUUCACUUCCAAGGAUUGGUUUAUCGUGAAAGAAAUGCUGGAAAGAGAAUUGACGAGCAUAUGACAGAUCAUGGAUUCAAUAAUCAAAUUGGAAUUCAUCCAGAAACAGGAUUUGUUUUCGGUGGAAACGACGCAAAUUGUGGAACAUGGAUGGACAAAAUGGGAUCAUCUGAGAAGGCAAGAAACAAGGGAGUUCCAUCAACUCCACGUGAUGGCUCAGCAGUUGAAUUGGUCGGUUUACAAGCAAGUGUCUUGAAAUUCUUAGACUCAUGUUCUGACUAUCCAUAUAAAUCUGUUGAACGUAAAAGUUCAACUGGCACUGCUUUGACAUGGACAUUUAAGGAAUGGUCCGACAGGAUUGAAAGGAACUUUGAAAAGUACUUUUAUGUCAGCGAAUAUGACAACAAUCCAUUGGUUCAUAAGAAAAUGAUUUAUAAAGACACACACGGAGCAAGCAGAAAGUUUGCAGACUAUCAGUUGAGAUGUAACUUCCCAAUAACAAUGGUCGUUGCUCCUCACUUGUUUAAUCCACAGCAUGCAUGGGAUGCACUAGAAACUGCUCGUAAGCACAUUUUAGGGCCACUUGGAAUGAAGACAUUAGAUCCAAAUGAUUGGGGCUAUUGUGGAGACUAUGACAAUGCAAAUGACAGCGAUGAUGCAAAGAUUUCUCAUGGAGCAAAUUAUCAUCAAGGACCUGAAUGGUUAUGGCCAAUUGGAUUUUAUCUCCGAGCUCGUUUGAUUUUCGCAGAAAAAUUGGGAAAAUUGAAGGAAACUCAAGCUGAAGUUUGGAGUAUCUUGACAGCACAUUUAAAGGAACUAAGAACAUCACCUUGGAGAGGACUUCCAGAAUUGACUAACAGUAAUGGAUCAUACUGUGGUGAUUCAUGCAGAACUCAAGCUUGGAGUGUUGCUACAGUUUUGGAAACUCUUUAUGACUUGGAAAAGCCGAAGAAAAAAUAA